AUGGAUCCUACCCUUAGCCACAUCUCGACGGGCUCCAAGACGGAGAUCUCAGCCGCCUCCAAUUUCGAUGCCGACAUGGACGAUGCCAAGUUCGAGUCCAAGUCUCGCAUGUUCCGCCUGACCGACAGCGCCAGGCUGGGCCUGACAGUCCUUGGGCUCGCCGCCGGCAUCACCAUCCUGGGUGUCUCGGCAGACUCCAUUGCGGUCUACAAUGCUACGCAUGUCCCCGGCGAUUACCUGCUCCCCCUGUGGCCGGCCAACUUUGACCUGCGCCCUACGGUGGCCCUGGUGGUCUGCAGCGUCCUUAUGAUGGUGGCUAAUGCCAUCUCACUAGUCUCCAGCAAAGUCCCAACUAUGCGCAACAAGACUGGGGUUGAAAUGACUCUUGCAUUCGGGCCGCCAAUCGUGGCUCUUAUCGCUGCAAUCAUUUCCAUGUCCUUCUUUUACGCGGUAAACGCGUCCACGGAGGUUGAUACCUUGCAAAGCUGGUCUUGCCGGUGGGAGAACAUCGCAAUGACGACGCAGCCCCAUUUUGACACGCUCUGCAAGCAGAGUCGUGCUGGCGUGGCCCUCUCGGUGCUACUGGUGCCUGUCGAAGUCAUAAUCCUGGGGUUGGCGGCGUAUCAAUUCAUGCUACGGAGACAGCUCGACCUGACCGCACGUGGGCCGGGACGCAAGGCGGGAAGCCCGGCGUUGUCUUAG